AUUCAGAAAGUCAAUAAUAUUAUCAAAAUUACAGUUUAAGAGCGUUUAUAAACCUAAUUAUACAACAGUAAAUAGUUAUAAAUCAUUAAACAGUGCAUAUACGCGUAAAAAUUUGUUAAUUUAACAUUUCCUGGGUGCGUCGUGUGCGUGUGAUAUUUCCUAGAUUUAUUAAUUUUAAUCAUGUCUGUGAGUGAAAAAGUAUCUUUAUCGGAUGCUUUAAGCAAUGUGGAUGUCCUGGAUGAGCUCACACUUCCCGAUGAACAGCCCUGUAUAGAAGCGGCGCCAUGCUCCAUCCUGUACCAGGCUAAUUUUGACACAAAUUUUGAGGACCGCAAUGGCUUCGUCACUGGAAUUGCCAAGUACAUUGAAGAGGCUACCGUUCAUGCCAACUUGAACGAGCUGCUAGAAGAGGGCAACGCCCACGCCGUGAUGCUGUACACGUGGCGAUGCUGCUCGCGCGCUAUACCGCAACCGCGGUCCAAUGAGCAGCCCGACCGCGUGCAUAUUUACGAACGUACGGUCCAAGUGCUGGCGCCUGAGGUUGACAAGUUGCUGCAGUUUAUGUACUUCCAGCGCAAAGCCAUCGAGCGCUUCUGCGGCGAAGUGCGCCGUCUCUGUCACGCCGAGAAACGCCGCGACUUCGUCUCCGAGGCGUACCUGCUCACGCUCGGCAAGUUCGUCAACAUGUUCGCCGUACUUGACGAACUGAAGAACAUGAAGAGUUCGGUGAAGAACGACUACUCUACCUACAGGAGAGCCGCCCAGUUCCUGAAGGUGAUGUCAGACAGCCAGAGCCUCCAGGAGUCCCAGAACCUCUCCAUGUUCCUGGCUACGCAGAACAAGAUCAGAGACACCGUUAAGGAUGCCCUUGAGAAGAUCACUGGAUACGAGGAUCUGCUGGCCGACGUGGUCAACAUCUGCGUGCACAUGUUCGAGACCAAGAUGUACCUGACGCCGUCGGAGAAACACAUGCUGGUCAAGGUCAUGGGCUUCGGUCUGUUCCUCAUGGACUCAGACGCCUGCAACAUCAACCGUCUGGACCAGAAGAAAAAGAUCCGCCUCGACAGGAUCGAUAGGAUCUUCAAGAACUUGGAGGUGGUGCCUCUAUUCGGCGAUAUGCAAAUCGCGCCGUUUAACUACAUCAAGCGUUCUAAGCACUACGACCCGAGCAAGUGGCCGCUAUCUUCGAGCCCUAACCCACCAUCACCACAAGCUGAUCUGAUGGUCCACCUGCCCCAGAUCCGCGAGGAACACCAGAACUACAUCUCCGAGCUGGCUUGCUACAGCAAUGAAGUAACAACAACGUUCAAAGAGGCGGGCUCGGAUGCCGAAAACAAGGCAGUAACCGAGCUCUGCCUGCGCGGCCUGCAGCUCCUCUCAUCUUGGUGUUCGGUGCUCACCGAAUUAUGCUCGUGGAAGCUGCUGCAUCCCACCGACCACGCCAGCAACCCGCGCUGCCCGCCCGACGCCGAGGAGUACGAACGUGCGACCCGCUACAAUUACACCUCAGAAGAGAAGUUCGCCAUGAUUGAAGUGAUCGCUAUGAUCAAAGGCUUACAAGUGCUCAUGGCCAGGAUGGAGACAGUGUUCGCUGAUGCAGCCAGGCGAUCCAUAUAUGCUGAGCUACAAGACUUCGUGCAACUAGUUCUACGUGAACCCCUCAGGAAGGCGAUCAAGAACAAGAAGGACCUCAUUCGGAGUAUAAUAGUAUCCGUGCGAGAGACCUGCGGGGACUGGGCCCGCGGUUGUGAACCCCAACAGGACCCGGCGCUGAGAGGGAAGAAGGACUCCGAGGCUGGCUUCACCAUCAAAGUGCCCAGAAGGAACGUCGGUCCAUCUUCUACCCAGCUCUACAUGGUGCGCACUCAACUCGAAGCCCUGAUCUCCGACAAAUCCGGUGGAAGACGCACCCUCCGCAAAGACCUGGACGCCGCCACCCUCUCACAGAUCGAGGCCUUCCACCGGCAGAGCUUCUACUGGAACUGUCUGCUGAAUCUCUCAGACUCCCUGCAAAAGUGCUGCGACCUAUCCCAGCUGUGGUACAGGGAGUUCUACCUGGAAAUGACCAUGGGAAGAAAAGUCAACAAAUGCACCGUCCGCCACCAGCACAACGAAGAGUGCAACGACCUGAUCACCAUGGAGAAGCGAAUCCAGUUCCCCAUCGAGAUGUCCAUGCCCUGGAUCCUGACCGACCACGUCCUGCGCAGCAAGGAACCUGCCAUGAUGGAAUACGUGCUCUACCCGCUCGACCUGUACAAUGAUUCGGCCCAAUACGCGCUGACCGUGUUCCGCAAACAGUUCCUGUACGACGAAGUAGAGGCGGAAGUAAACCUGUGCUUCGACCAGUUCGUGUACAAGUUGUCCGAGCAAGUGUACGCGCACUACAAGCAGCUCGCCGCCAGUAUGCUGCUGGACAAGCGUUACCGCGCGGAGUGCAUGGCGCGCGGCGCGCCGGCGGGCCCGGCGGCGGGGCGCUACGCCUCGCUGCUGCGCCAGCGCCAUGUCGCGCUGCUCGGCCGCCACGUCGCGCUCAGUGCCCUGGUGGCCCAGCGGAUCAACGCGGACAUGCACCGGGCCCUGGACGCGGCGGUAGCCAAGUUCGAAGCCGGUGACAUCACAGGUGUCGUGGAACUGGAAGGCCUCAUAGCCGUGAACCGCCUCUGCCACAAGCUCCUCAGCCGCUACCUGGCGCUGGACGACUUCGAGAGUAUCCUCCGCGAGAGUGACCACGGAGUCCUGGCUCCAUACGGCCGCGUCACUCUCCACGUGUUCUGGGAGCUCAACUACGACCUACUGCCGAAUUACUGCUACAAUGCGGCCACUGACAGGUUCGUGAAAUGCCGCGGCAUCCAGUUCGCGGCCAACGUGCAGCGGGAACGGCCCCAGCAAUAUGGCCACGCUCUGUUGUGGGGCUCCAAACAGCUCAGCCUGGCUUACUCUGCACAGUACGCGCAGUACGCAGGUUUCGUAGGCACCCAGCACCUGCACGCCCUCGUCCGCCUGCUGGGCUACCAGGGCGUGGCCGUGGUGGUGUCGGAGCUGCUGGGCGUGGCCCGGGGGCUGCUGCACGGCUCCCUGGCGCAGUUCACGCGCGCCCUGCACGCCGCCAUGCCGAGACACUGCAAGCUGCCGCGCUACGACUACGGCUCCAACGGUGUCCUGGGCUACUACCAUGCACAGUUGACAGACAUCGUGCAGUACCCAGACGCGCGUACGGAACUGUUCCACGCGUUCCGGGAGCUCGGCAACAUCAUACUUUUCUGCAUGCUUGUCGAACAGGCGCUGAGCCAGGAGGAGGUGACGGACCUGCUGCACGCGGCGCCCUUCCAGAACAUACUGCCGAGACCGUUCACAGCUGAGGGAGAGAAGCCUGAAACAAAACAAAAGCGGCUGGAGGCCAAGUACGCCGCGCUGCAGAUCGUUCAGAACGUCGACAAGUACGGCACUGCCAAGCAAAGCCAGCUAGCCCGCGAAGGCGACCUGCUGACCCGCGAGCGGCUGUGCUGCGGGCUCUCUCUGUUCUCCGUGGUGCUCCGGCGCCUGCGCGGCUGUCUCACCGCGCCCGCCUGGCCCCUGCCGCCCGCCGCGCCGCACGCCGCGCCGCUGCACGCUGACGACACUAACGAGUUCCACAGACUGUGGUCGGCUCUUCAAUUCCUGUACUGUAUCCCGGUCACCGACACACAGUUCACCGUGGAGGAACUGUUUGGCGAGGGUCUCCACUGGGCAGGCUGCACCAUUGUGGCCCUGCUGGGGCAACAGCGCCGCUUCGAGGCCUUGGACUUCUGCUACCACAUCCUCAGGGUCCAGCGAGUCGAUGGCAAGGAUGAACUCGUCAAGGGGAUCCCGCUGAAGCGCAUGGUGGACCGCAUCCGCCGCUUCCAGGUGCUGAACUCGCAGAUCUUCGGCGUGCUGGCGCGCCACCUGGCGGCCGACGACGAGCGCGCGGGCGUCGAGCACGUGCGCUGCUUCCCGCCGCCCAGCGCGCCGCAGCACGCUGGGAAUUAACUUGGCAGGCGAGUGCACUGGCAACGAGGCUGGCGAGUACAUUGGAGAUACAGGGUGGCCAAAUAAGAAGUAUACAUUUUGUUUUUAAAUUUUAACUGUAUUAUGUUCAAAAAUUAUUAAGUAUUGUUUUAAAAAUAUAUUCUUCAGGGUUGGCAAAUUCAUGCGAAACAUAAUGUCUGACAUAUGUCCACCUCUAACAGCAGGCAAAUGUAAGCCCUUAUCAUCCCAAUGUUCAGCAUCUAUUCGCACAUUUUUGGCAUUAUCUUAGUACAUUUGUGUCGAAUAGUCGGUUUUAACUGUUUAAAUUUCAUCAGCUCGUUAGCAUAGAAACGUAAUUUUAGAUAGCCCCACAGAAAUAAGUCACGAGCUGCAAAAUUUGGGGAAUUUGGGUGCCAAUCACAAUCACUUUUUUCAAAAUUAAUCGAGCAAACAACGUGUUUUAAACAACAGAAACAUUUGAGAUAAAAUUUCUUGCUGCUAGUGGUAGACAUUUGGCAGAAAUUAUCUUCCGUAUAAAAUUGCCAACCCUGAAUAAUAUAUUUAUAAAAAAAUAUUGAAUAAAAUUUCCACUCAAUGUAAUUAAAAUUUAAAAACAAAGUGUAUCAUUCUUAUUUGUCCACCCUGUACUAUUAAUGACAAUUUAUUUCGUCUUCGCCGUGUUGCGGAUUUUCAGUGGUUAGUACCGGUAGGUACUUGCUUGCCGGUAGGCAAGGAGACUGACAACAGACGUUGAAAGUCAUCGAGUGUCCCCGAUGUAAACAAGAAGAAAAUAUUUCGCAAUUAAGUAUAAACAAUUUUACCACAAAAAUGUGAAAACUAUUGUCAUUUUAAGACAAUAAAUCAUUUAUAUCAAUAAAAAGACGACGGAUGUUUUGAAAUUAGUCAUCGACAUGACCGCUACUCACAUAUUAUCUGACUUUUCGAGCAACACCGGCUUCCGACACGUCGUAAGGGAGGAGCGUUAGCGAUAUUUUACUGAACAAAUCAUUCUGCCAUUUUUUGCGGGAAACGUGCACACAGUCGCACUUCUCACUCACUACAUACAAAAUCCAAUCUGUAAUGACGACACAAAUACAUAUACAAAAUGACACACGUAUCUCAAAUCUUUUUUAUUUUUAUUUAUAUUUUUUAUUUUUGAAACGUAAUAAUAUACAGCAUUACAGUCGAGACCAAAGCACUGUGCAUCUUGCACACCUCGAUCUCUUGUGUACGGACGAGUCACAACAUGCACCGCCAUAGGCACAGUUGUGCCAAUGCUUUGGCAGAGGGGAAAUAGUAUCAAUGCCGUCUCCUUUCCCUGUGUUGCUCGAAGAUCUGACUAUACAUAACGUACGCACAUUAUUGCCAAUAUUUAAGAUACUUGUAGCUUUCUCUCCGACAAAUACUUCAUGUUGUAAAUUACACACAAAAUCCAAUGAAUACAUCACGCACUUUGAUAAAAAAUUGAUAGAUUCAUUAUUGACGUCUUCAAAAUUACUGUCGCCAGAUGAGAAAUAAAUUCCAAUACUUUUCCGCAAUAUGGCGAAGAUUUUUAAUUUUAUUGGUCGAACUUUAGAACCUUGUCAUGCUUUACUCGAGCAAACCUUUUAUUUAUGCUAAUUUCUUUCAUAAUAUGUCAAUAAAAAUAAUACUGAAAAUUAUUAUUUGUAGGAAAUGUGUAUGGAUCGUUACUUUGUUAAGAUUAAUGAAAUCAUUUGCCGUAAGUUUAAAUAAUUAUUUAAUUUCCAAUUAGCAAUAGAAUAUGUGACGUUCUCAAGCAAAAGGAGUUCGCUUGCCAUAAAGACGCGCUGCCGCUGACAGGUUAUUCGUAUUAAGAUACUAAUGUCGUUCUUAUGGUAAGCUACAAUAGCCUUUUAUUGAUUUGAAUUAUUUGAAUAAAUAAUAAAUGAUCAUCAAAAUUGAUAACAUCACAUAUAAAUAGUAUUUAAGAAAGAAAAGACAAUUUCUAUUCUUUAAUGUAAGUAGCAUUAAGAUUAUUCUUUAGUGUUUAUAACUUGCAUUGUGUAGAAAUUAUAGAUAAUGCAUUUAUUGUUGCUUUAAAUAAGUAAAAUAAAAACGGAACGUGAACGCCACACGAAAUAUCUAUAUUAUGUAUAAAAAGAUAAAGUAGACGUAUCUUAACGUUGUGGUUUAAGUUAAAUUUAAUUUCCCUUAAUACUUACUAUAGCAAGUGGCGAGUCGGGCAAUAAAAGUGAUUUAUGCGUAAUAGUCGUUUGAUUUGUAGCUGGCCCCGAAUGGCUAAUCCUUUGUCUAUUGUUAAUUAAAACCGCACGUGCCACUAUCUGUAAAAAAAGGGUCGUAUAAUUCUAAUUGGCACCUGAGCGCGGGCUAGUCCAACGCUCAAAAAACCAGUGUAGGUGCGCUCUCCAAUAACGCGCUUUUGUUCCGCAUCUCGAGGACAAAUUUAAGACUGGUUCUGUAGCGUACGACUCACCGGCACUCAGUAACCGUAGAGGGACCACACAAGUAAUCGCAAAUUAUUUUUCGAUUUGUUCAUUUUGAAUCUUAUUGCAAUUUCCAUAGGAGUUACCAAUAACCGGUUAAAGUGACCGGACCAUUUUUUAUGCAGGUAGUAGCACGUGCAGUUUUACUUAAUAAUAAACAAAGGAUAAGCCGUUCGGGACAGUUACAAACCGAACGACUAUACCUGCACUAGGUACUGAUGUAAAUCCCGCUCCAUAAGGCCGCGCAAGUGUGAAAGAGAUAGCACAAUUCCAUUUAUUAACGACUUUACUCGUUUUGUGCAAGUGUUAAAUAAACGUCAUAAUUUCAUAGAAGUUUGACGUUUAAAAUAACACUUGCACUGUCCGGGCUGUCAAAAUCUUUUGCUAUACAAAAAUGUCACCCACACGCCAAUAUACUGAGAUUUUGUUAGGGUAGGUUAGGUAUAAUGAUUUUUGGACAGUAUAUAUAAAGCUGGAGCACACUUUUUUAAAUAAAUAAAUCCCCUGAAAAAAAUUUACCCUUUUCAGGCAUUAUUUGCAUUGAGAGAGCUUCAAAAAUGUAUUAAUUAUCCGGUCAAAUUAAUUACCAUUAUGAUAUGCUUUCUGUCUGCUGCUGCAAUUUUGUAUUAAUAUAAAGUCUGUAAUGAUGUAUUUUGUUUAUUUAUAUUGUUUAAUUAGGUUAUUUGUAGGAUUAAGAAAUACGAUCAUGUAAUUCCAUUUAUAUCCACUUUUAUAGAAAAUAAAUGUUUAUUCGUA